UUGCUACUGUUAGGAAUAUUGCAAAAACCUUUGUUAUUGCUUUUUUCAGGAUUUAAAAAAACUUCUUGGACAGUCUUUAGAGGGUAAAGCUAUCCUUCAAAGCUACGAAAUAAAUAAGUGUUUGGAAGAAGAAGAUCGAACAGCCCUUGUAGAUAUUGUUACUAAGUGGUUACUUUUUCGUAUUACUCAGCCAAAAAAAUCUGAGUUAACUAUAUUGAAAGAUAAGAUUUUAACUCUAUUUACAAAUGAAGAGAAUGUUUAUUAUAUUGCUCCAAAAGAAGAAGGAGGUAAUCAAUGUCUUGCUAGAGGAAAACUUUUUGAUAGGACAAGAAAUCUGAAAGAAUGGAUGAGAAAGAAAAAUCUCCUUCCUAGAGUUAAAGCAUCUAAACAGAAUCCUUGUAAUGAAUCACCUGCUACAGAAACAGCUGUUUCAAUAAGACCCACAAAUAAUAUAGAAAUAGCUCUAAAUUGGCUGAAAAAUUUUCAUGAACCAUGGAAUAAAGUAGAGGAAAAAUGGACUGUAACAUCUAAGUAUAGACGAGAUGUACUGAUAGCUUCGAGAUCUCAGGCUAAAGAACGACGUACAGAAAGUAUGAAAGCUGCAGCUUAUUUGGAUGAUUAUAAAGUUCUUCGUCUCAGUCAUGGUUACACAUUAAUUGAAAUAGACUUUGUAAUAUCUUGUCAACCUGGUUUUGAAGAUGCAUUGAUCACAAAUUGGUCUUCAUUUAUUCAGAAAAUUGAUUCUAUUUUAAAAAAUAGUUCUUUUCUUAUAAAAGAUCCUGAAGGAAAAAUGCUGCGGCAGCUUUACUUUAAGACUACCAACAAAGAGGCAAAAGAUAUUUUACUCAUGCAAUGCUUAUCUUCACUGCUACCUCCAAGUAGGCAGGUACAGCUUGGCACGAAGAAAUUCAAACCCACAAUUAAAGAAAGCAGAGAUGCUUUUAUUGUUAAUGUUAAGAUUCCCGGCCAAGUUGUAAAUUUCAUAACAGAAAGACGCGAAAAAAUAUGCAAUCAAUUUGGACGAUCCGCUUCCGUACAGCCAUAUAUUUUAUAUGUUGGCAAGGAACAAGAUGUGAUAGAUGAAGUACUUGUUGUGAUUGACAACUUCUGUUACAAGUUAGAAAGUUUCCAACAUGCACUUGAUGUGUGCUUUAAAACCUUUUUUGUUUUAGACAUAGUUUUUACUGCUCAAUGUGACCACGUAUGGUUACUUAUUCAAAAAGCUCUUUAUGGCUUUACAACUACAGAUGACAUAAAUAUCCUUAAAGUAACAAGCUUCUUAAAAAAACUUGAAUUAAUGGAUAAGGAAAACUAAUUUAAAUAAUUGUUUAAGAAAUUAUUUACAUUUUGAAGACUUUUAUUUUUCAGACUUUUCUUUUUAUUAUAUAACAGUUAUAAUUAUGUAAAAAAGUGACUGCAACUUAUUGUGAUAUUAAACUAAACAAACCUAUAGUUGCUAAAACAUCAUACUGACAAUAAAAAGAAUGUUAUCUAUCUAAUGAAAAAUGAUAAUUGAAAGAACGUCGAAUAAACGUCAAAUGAGUCGAAUGAACAUUGAUUCGACAUUUUUUCAAUCAAUUAUUUUUUGUAGAGUACCGUUCAGCAUAUUGUAAUGAACAUCUGUUCCUUUGUUAUAAAUGUAAAAUUUCUUUAA